GUCGAGCGUUGUUACCGAACUAGGAAGGUCGGUCUAACUGUAGUAGCUACACUGAGCUCUCGUCUCUCUGUGUGUCGGGUGGUACAGCCAGUGUGCGCCAGUACAAGUACACAGCUCUACAGCUCUCCGCUCUGCCCGCCGCCUUCGUAGCGCUGGUGUGCUGCUGCUUACACAAUAACUGUGCAUCGAUAAAGAAAAGAAGAAGCACACAGGAUACGAAUAUAUAUAUAAAUAUAAAAAAAAAAACCCAAACUCUUAAGCUGUUCACAGCUUAACGAGUGUUAAAAAAAAAAAACGUGUGUGAUUUGUUGUUGUUUCGUCUAAGAAGCAGCAUUUGAAGUGCAAUAAUUAGUUUGAAACGGGGUAGUUUUCUGCGAAAUACCCCCGCAACGGAAAGAUAUUGUGUAAUAGCCCUCGCCGUGUAAAAGUCAAGACGCAAGAUGCCGACCAAAGCAGCUAAGAAGGAGAACUUGGAUGAUCUCAAACAGGAGUUGGAUAUUGACCAUCAUAAAAUCUCUCCUGAGGAAAUGUACCAGCGUUUCCAGACACAUCCUGAAAAUGGUCUGAGUCAUGCCAAGGCUAAGGAGAAUCUGGAACGUGAUGGUCCCAAUGCGCUAACACCGCCCAAGCAAACACCCGAAUGGGUGAAGUUCUGCAAGAAUCUGUUUGGCGGCUUUGCCAUGCUGCUGUGGAUCGGUGCUAUACUUUGCUUUGUCGCCUACUCCAUUCAGGCGACAACCAGCGAGGAGCCAUCCGACGAUAACUUGUAUCUGGGUAUUGUACUUUCCGCUGUGGUCAUUGUGACAGGCAUUUUCUCAUACUACCAGGAAUCGAAAAGUUCGAAAAUUAUGGAAUCGUUCAAGAACAUGGUGCCCCAAUUCGCUACUGUUAUUCGUGAGGGCGAGAAAUUGACGCUGCGCGCCGAAGAUCUCGUCUUGGGCGAUGUUGUUGAGGUGAAGUUCGGCGAUCGUAUUCCCGCCGACAUCCGCAUCAUUGAGGCGCGCAACUUUAAGGUGGAUAACUCUUCGCUAACUGGUGAAUCGGAGCCGCAAUCGCGUGGCUCUGAGUUCACGCACGAGAACCCCUUGGAGACCAAAAACUUAGCCUUUUUCUCGACCAAUGCCGUCGAGGGCACUGCCAAGGGUGUUGUCAUCAGCUGUGGCGAUCACACUGUCAUGGGUCGCAUUGCUGGCUUGGCUUCCGGUCUGGAUACCGGCGAGACUCCCAUUGCUAAGGAAAUCCAUCAUUUCAUCCAUUUGAUCACCGGCGUUGCUGUGUUCCUGGGCGUCACCUUCUUUGUGAUUGCCUUCAUUUUGGGCUACCAUUGGUUGGAUGCCGUCAUCUUUUUGAUCGGUAUCAUUGUCGCCAACGUACCGGAGGGUCUGCUGGCCACUGUCACCGUGUGCCUGACCCUGACUGCCAAGCGUAUGGCAUCGAAGAAUUGUUUGGUCAAGAACUUGGAAGCUGUCGAAACAUUGGGCUCCACCUCCACCAUCUGCUCUGAUAAGACCGGCACACUCACCCAAAACCGCAUGACAGUCGCCCAUAUGUGGUUCGAUAACCAGAUCAUUGAGGCCGAUACCACUGAGGAUCAGUCGGGUGUUCAAUACGAUAGAACCAGCCCUGGAUUCAAGGCGCUCUCUCGCAUUGCCACUCUCUGUAACCGUGCCGAGUUCAAAGGUGGUCAGGAUGGUGUCCCAAUUCUGAAGAAGGAAGUCAGCGGCGAUGCCUCCGAGGCUGCUCUGCUCAAGUGCAUGGAACUGGCUCUCGGCGAUGUGAUGAACAUUCGCAAGCGCAACCGCAAAAUCGCCGAAGUGCCAUUCAACUCCACCAACAAGUAUCAAGUGUCCAUUCACGAGACCGAGGACCCCAACGAUCCACGUGUUCUGCUGGUCAUGAAGGGCGCACCCGAGCGUAUUCUCGAACGUUGCUCGACCAUCUUUAUCAACGGCAAGGAGAAGGUGUUGGACGAGGAGAUGAAGGAGGCGUUCAACAAUGCCUACAUGGAGCUCGGUGGACUCGGUGAGCGUGUGCUCGGCUUCUGUGAUUUCAUGCUGCCCUCCGAUAAAUACCCAACUGGUUACAAAUACAACACCGACGACAUCAACUUCCCCAUUGACAAUCUGCGUUUCGUUGGCCUAAUGUCCAUGAUUGAUCCCCCACGUGCCGCUGUGCCCGAUGCCGUGGCCAAGUGCCGUUCGGCCGGUAUCAAGGUCAUCAUGGUCACUGGCGAUCAUCCAAUUACUGCCAAAGCCAUUGCCAAAUCUGUCGGCAUCAUCUCCGAGGGCAACGAGACCAUCGAGGAUAUUGCCCAGCGUCUCAACAUACCCAUCUCAGAGGUCAAUCCACGCGAGGCUAAGGCUGCUGUUGUCCAUGGCGCCGAGCUGCGUGAUGUGUCGUCCGAUCAGCUUGAUGAAAUCCUACGCUAUCACACCGAAAUUGUCUUUGCCCGUACCUCGCCCCAGCAGAAGCUCAUCAUCGUCGAGGGUUGCCAGCGCAUGGGCGCCAUUGUGGCUGUCACCGGUGACGGUGUCAACGAUUCACCUGCCCUGAAGAAGGCCGAUAUUGGUGUUGCUAUGGGUAUUGCCGGCUCCGAUGUGUCCAAGCAGGCCGCUGACAUGAUCUUGUUGGAUGAUAACUUUGCCUCCAUUGUCACUGGUGUUGAGGAGGGUCGCUUGAUCUUUGAUAAUUUGAAGAAGUCCAUUGCCUAUACACUUACCUCCAACAUACCCGAGAUUUCGCCCUUCUUGGCCUUCAUCCUGUGCGAUAUACCACUGCCACUCGGUACCGUCACAAUUCUGUGCAUCGAUUUGGGCACUGACAUGGUGCCAGCCAUUUCAUUGGCCUACGAACAUGCCGAAGCCGAUAUUAUGAAGCGUCCGCCACGUGACCCAUUCAACGAUAAAUUAGUGAACUCAAGAUUGAUUUCCAUGGCCUAUGGACAAAUUGGCAUGAUCCAGGCAGCAGCCGGUUUCUUUGUCUACUUUGUGAUUAUGGCUGAGAACGGUUUCCUGCCCAUGAAACUGUUUGGCAUCCGUAAGAUGUGGGACUCCAAGGCUGUCAACGAUCUAACUGACUCGUAUGGUCAGGAAUGGACUUAUCGCGAUCGCAAGACCUUGGAAUACACCUGCCACACCGCGUUCUUCAUAUCGAUUGUCGUAGUACAGUGGGCCGAUUUGAUCAUUUGCAAGACGCGUCGCAACUCCAUAUUCCACCAGGGCAUGCGCAACUGGGCCCUCAACUUUGGCCUCGUCUUUGAAACGGUGCUGGCUGCCUUCCUCUCCUACUGCCCCGGCAUGGACAAGGGUCUGCGCAUGUAUCCCCUGAAACUCGUCUGGUGGUUCCCAGCCAUUCCAUUCAUGUUGGCCAUCUUUGUGUAUGAUGAGACUCGUCGCUUCUAUUUGCGUCGCAACCCCGGCGGCUGGUUGGAGCAGGAGACAUACUAUUAAACACUCACACAUAUACACAUACACGUACACACACACACAAUCCACACACACCCGCAGCAAAGGCAACAAAUAGUAAUUGUUUAUUUAACACAACAACAACAAAGCAACAACCGCAACUUGCAACCAACAGCGAAACACACAGAACUCUGUGCAACAAAAGCUAUAAAAAGAAACAUAUUGCAAUAUGUUUGAAAUUUUAAUUUAAUUAUUUAAAGUAAAAAAAAUACAAAAAAAAAAAAAAAAAAACAAAAACAAAAAACAAAAACAAAAUGCAAGCGAUAAUUAUUUUAAACAUUUAAGUACAUUUAAAUUAUAAAUUAAAGCUAAAAAUAAGGUUUAAAUAAAAACAAAUAAAGUAAAAACUACAACAAAACGAACAACAAACAACUUUCGACAACAACAGCAACUGCAACUGCAACCAGCAACAACAACAAUAACCUAACAAGUUUUUAGUAAAAUUAUUUAAUAAAAACCAACAAAAAAUUAAAAAAAAAAAAAACAAUGCUAAUAAAUACAAAUAUUUAAGAGAAAUGAAAGUGCGCCUAGAAUCCGAAGCAAAGCAAAGCUAAAGCGCAACUAAUAUAAUAUAUAAACAUACUCUACAAAACAUACACCAACACACUCACAGACACACACCACGCAUGAAGAGACAAAUUAUAUAAGAAGUUUAGAGAAAUUAAUAAAAAAAAAAAUGAAAAACCGAAAAUUUUGACAAAAAAAGAAGAACGAAACAAAACAAAUGAAUAAAUUAGCGUAGUUACAAAAUAAGCAAAGAUACAACAACAACAACAACAACUUGUGGAAAAUUUGGUGGGGCAAGCGGUCAAAGCGAAUAAAUAAAGAAGGAGACAAACAAAAACCAAACACAAUUAAUAUAAUUGUUUAUAUAUAUACAAACCAACCACUCACACAUAUAUUAUAUGGAAAUUCGAUUAUAUAAAUGGAGCUAUAAAAAAGUUUAGACGCUGGGUAACGGAAUAACGGCACGUGACAUGCCAAUCAUGCUCUGGCUACAGGGUAUUUGGCAGUCUAUCAGCGAAAGAACGGAAUACAAUUUGUUAUAUGUGAAGUAAAAGUUUAUAUAUAAAAAAAAAAA